GCCAUUCUUAAAUAUUUCAUUCUUUAUGGAAAACGAAAAAAAAUUAAAGAUUUUAUGGAGAAAUAUAAUAAUAUUAAAACAGUAUAGUAAAUAAUUGUGAAUUUUUAUAUAUACAUUACUUUAAUGUUCUCUUUCAAAUUUGAAACAGAUAAUGAUCUCAUGAUGUCAAGAAAUUAUAAUGAUUUAUUAAAAUUUAAACUCAAUGAUGAAGGUUGUAGAACAACUUCAUCUAAUGAACAGGAAAAAGUAGAAAAAAAUGUUCUUCUACUUUAUAAACUAAAUAAGGAGCCUAUUUUGGAUAGACAUAAGCAUAUAAAGUUCCUGAAAAAGUCAUUAAUUUAUUUAACUACAAAUUAUGAGUGCUUAGAUAGUAGUCGGCCUUGGUUAUGUUAUUGGAUUCUGCAUUCUCUUCAAAUUUUAAAUGAACGACUGGAUGAUAAAAUUUAUUCAAAUAUUGUCAAGUUUUUAUCUAAAUGUCAGUCACAACAUGGUGGAUUCGGUGGUGGACCAGGACAGCUGCCUCAUCUUGCUACAACAUAUGCUGCUGUAAAUGCGCUUUAUAUAAUUGGCACAAAAGAAGCUUAUGAAGCAAUAAACAGAAAUACUCUGGUUCAAUUCUUAAUAUCACUGCAUGGGGAAGAUGGGAGUUUUAGCAUGCAUUAUGAUGGUGAAGCAGACAUUAGAGGUGCUUACUGCGCGUUAUCUGUUGCAAAAUUAACAGAUACAUUUACUCCUGAAAUAUUUAAUGGAACAGCAAAAUGGAUACAGAGGUGUCAAACCUGGGAAGGAGGAUUUGGUGGCUGUCCUGGCAUGGAAGCGCAUGGUGGAUAUGCAUUAUGUGGAUUGGCUUCUCUUGUUUUAUUAGGAAAAACAGACCUUUGUAAUUUGACGUCGUUAAUUCGAUGGGCUGUUAACAAGCAAAUGUUAUUAGAGGGUGGAUUUCAAGGAAGAACGAAUAAAUUAGUAGAUGGAUGCUAUUCUUUUUGGCAUGGUGGAAUUUUUCCAAUAAUCCAUGCAAUUUUAUUAAAACAAAAUCCAAAUCUAAAGUUGAAAUAUUGGCUUUUUGAUCAAAACGCUUUACAAGAAUAUUUAUUAAUAUGUUGUCAAGAUUCAGACGGAGGACUUCUAGAUAAACCAGAGAAGGGGCGUGAUGUAUACCAUACUUGUUAUGCUCUAAGUGGAUUAUCUGUUGCACAAAAUUCAGAGUGCCCAGUAAUAAAUGGACCACAAGACAUUAAUUCUGUAAAUCCUAUUCAGCCCGUCUACAAUCUAGAACUUUCAACAGUUAUGAAUGGAUUGGCUUAUUUUAAAUUAUAGCCAGAUUCAGAAAAUGAAAACGUUGUUUAACAUUGAAACUUAAGAAAUAAAAAACUUUGGAAAAAAUGA